CGGAGCUCAGGUUGCUUGUAGAUUGUGUAGAUGGUGUUGUAAGCGAUCACAAAAUGGAUGACGCCGCUGAGCAAGUAGUUCGCCGGAGAGAAAUUAGAAGAAAGAAGAUAUUGGAAAACUCUGAUGCUCGAUGGAUGAAAAUUAUGGGUCAAGAGAAGCACCGUAGUCAAGAUGCUCCAAAAGAGGCAAGCAUUCCUGCACAGACACAAACAAAGGACCAACCCCUGACAUCAUCUGACACUAGAUGCACAAGCUUAGGAGAGCAAACGAGGGUGUCCUAUUCACUGGGUGAUGCAGCAUCUCAGUUCUUGUCUGAAGACAUCUCUGGGACUGUAGGUGGCAGCACCGUGAGUGGCUCCCGGCUGUCAGAAACACGCACGAGGUCUUUGGAUGAAACAGCAGCAAAUGGAGCACCACGACUAGCAUGCUCGCAACGGUCAGCUUCCUACUCCUUCCCCAAGAAAGUGUCAGAUGCAGAGUCACGGUCUUAUGCCCGUUGCCGGUUGGACACUCGAGGUGCAGAUGAAGGGACAUUAAGCUGGCUUUUAGAGCUGCUGGGCCCCUGUGGCCCAAGCCUGGUGCGAGCCUGGCUGUUGGGACUUGUGGCUACAUGCACACGGCUCUGGCUGGCUGUGGGUGCUGCUGCUCUGGGUGGCCCACAGACAAUGCUGCUUCCUUUCUGUCUUUUGGAAACGGCGAUGUAUAGCUACAGCAAAUUCAGCUCGAAACCCAGCAUUUCACAGCGGUCUAUGCGUUCCACAGCUGCACCGCUAGCUUUCCUGGCUACAGCCUUGGUUCUUUGUGGUGUUUCCCCAAAGGUCUCAUCAAGAACCACGGCCUGCUUGCAGCUUGUGUCUGAUGUGAUGCUGGACCUGAUGGUGUACACCUUUUCAUUUGUUGUUUUUCAUGUAAUUUUGGACGAUUGGGUUGGCUGAGCACUGCAGCUGGGAAGUGCCAAGAAGUAAAUCUAAACUGUGCAGCUCACUGUUGAGGCCAAGGAACAAACUGCAUCAUUGUGCCCACUGAACAUCUGCUGGGUUUAUCUUGUCAUAAACUACCACAGGCCAAGGUAAUGUCUGUACUGUGUUGCAGCAGAACUUGACUUGCAGGGGAACACCCCUGACAUGUUGUUUUUGGCAGCCGUGUUUGUGAGUGUGUCACUUGUGUGUUAUGACUCCGAAGUCUCUGUGUGCUCACAGCAAGUGGAAAAGAAUAGCAGCUGGUUAUUGUUCAGCCACUGUUAUGAGGAUUGGUGCUGGGCAUUUAUUUUUUGUGCUAAAAAGAAUGAAUGACAUAUACGUGGAUAAUGUCAGCUGUUUGUUUUUGUCUGCAUGAAGAGAAAAAUUGUAAUUUCCCAUUGUGUUCCAAAGACUUUAUAUGCCACCUUAAUGUGGAUGGUGACCUCGUCUGUUUCAUUCGUGCUACAAUGUUCCAGAAAACGUGAACCCUCAUUUUUCCAGUUGAGCAUUAACAGCUAGCGCAUCCUUGUUCACGGCAUCAGCUGUAGGAUAAUGGUUGUAGUAAUGAACAAAGCUGCUGACAUGAUCGCUUCACAUCUCUCUCUUAGCACAAAUGAGAUUGUGUGCCAAGGUAACGAAUAAUUCUAAAGUUCAGUUCCUGAACAUUUUCAUUUGUUCUGUGUGUACUGUAAACAAAUAUGUCCUUUCUGCAUCAUGCAGUAUGGUUAUUCCUGAGUGAAAUAGGAGAAUAUGCUGGAACUCGACAGUAGUCAUGCUUUGUGCGCUUGAUUUUGUUACCUGGUUCUAAGCAAUUUUUUUCCAUUCCAUGCAGUAACUUGAAGCCUACUUAUCCCUACAGGCAGCUUCCAGCAGAUUGCCAUGUGCUGGACAGGCAACAGUAACAAAUAUAUAAUUCAAGGCAUAUAUUCAUAUUGUUACAGAAACACCAGUGUGAUUUCAAAAUGUAAAUUAUGCUAAUGAAUGCUGAAGCAUCCCCUAGAAAAAUUUACUAUGAAAAAAAUAUGCCUUAUGGUUGCAGUUUAAUGUUCACUCAUACAAAUGGCUGCACUUGCAUUCCUCAUGCUCACACCUUUCUCAUUUGGAAUGAAUUUUGAAAAUGGAAAAAAUGUUGCCAACAAAUUGCUGAAUGGAUGAAGGACUUCGUAAAUUAAUGAAUGCACAAUUGAAUGAACACGCUUAAAUGACCCCUAGGCACUGAGUGUGUCCAUGGCUAUGUGCCCUUGAAUACAGCUAAACUCUGAUGCCUUUUCUGUGUAUAACUGAAUCCAAGACUGCAGCAUUAUGCUGAGUAAGACACCAAAAGCAAGAUUAUUUUGAAAGUAUCGUAGCUUUUGCUACGUAUAAUGCUUCUGAUAUAAUAUGCUGCUACACUGGUGCCAUUUUCAGUGCCGUGAUGUGGGACCAAUUGAAGGAAAACCCUUGACAGCCAGCUGGAUUAAAAAUCUGUUCUAAAACGGCCAAAUGGUUUAAGUACAGCUGGAGAGAUAAUGUCUGAGAAUUAAUGAUACAUUAAUAAGCUAUGCUAGGUAAAUGCAUUGAUGCAUUCCUGGUUUAAGUGGGUUGAUUGAAAGUGUUACAUGCAAGUUAAUAAUAUAGAAGAGGAUGGAAGUAUGUGAGUCUGCUGCUUUUUGGUCUGUGGAGUCCUGUCAUUUCUCAAUAAUAUGCUGGCCAAUUGUUUUUACAUCAGCUUAAUAGAAUAAAUGUGAUAGAACUUUUAUAAAUUCUUUCCCCUGUUUGAUAACUUGCAUUUUAUUUAUAAAAUGGGAUAUAUGAUGUGAAAUUGUCGAAGCUGUGAUUUUGUGUUGUGUGUGUGUGUUGUGUAUAUUGCAUGACAUGGUUAAACUUCUUAAUAAGGUGCUCUACACUGUGAGGCUGUAUUGUGUAUGCUAAUUAUCUUUAUUUAUUUAAAGACAUAUAGUUUUGUGUAAUAUUUUUUUGAAGCCACUUCUAUGUGUUGCAAUAAUGUGAAAAUAGCUCACAAAGAUAUGCACUGCUUCAGUUGCAGUGUUUGUUCUGUGCAAGGUAACAGUUGUACGGGUGAACUUUAUUUUAAUAAAAAAAAAAGGGGAUGAUGUCAUCAAGAACCAUUCUAAGCACGGAAAGAAGGGUGCAUGUGCCUACAGGCAGCAAGCAUAAUAACUUGUAGGGGCCCUUUAACACUUUUCAAACCGCUGCCGUUUAUUCGAGAGUAACAUAGACUAAAAGCUGGUGAUACCAUAGGCAUAGGCAAAGAAAGCAGUAUUAAAAUAUUUAGUAUUUUAAUCACACAAAGAAAUCACUACAUCGCUGCUGACUGGUGCUCGUAGUGGCGCUCGCCCGAAGCGUUUCUGGCAGAAGUGAUGUUACCAAGUGCUCAUCCAUAAUUGGUUAAGAACAAAGUUGCACAUAAUCACUUCACUACUGUAAAAUCUUUCUUGAGACUUGUUUUGCUCUUUCUCUUUGGGCGGAGGGAUUUUUUUUGCUGAAUAACUUCGGACUGUGUGCCCCUAUCGGUGCCAUUCUUAUUGUAUUUAUCUGUCUAUCCCUUCACUCUACACAAUCCACAAAUAAAAAAUAUGUGUCUGAAAAGUGUUAGAUGGCCCUUUAAGUGUAUUACAAUAAUUGCUGUUCUUUUCAAAUUUUUUUUACUUGCCACACCAAUUGUAUAGUUAUGGCAGAAAAGAUUGCCUUGAAUCAGCUGAGACAUCCUUACUCAGUACAUUUGCGUGCAUUUGCAUGUGUGUUUUUCCUUUUGUAAUUGUCAUUGCACAGUUUGCUGUCAUGAUGUGCAGUAUAAACCACAUGUUUUUUAGGGAUGA